AUGAGUGACCUUCCGCAAACGAUCGUCUGCAAGGCGGCCGUUGUUAUGGCUCCCGGCCAGCCGUUCGAAAUAAUCGACGUUAACGUAGCACCGCCAAAACGCGGCGAAGUCCGAAUUAAGAUUCUCUACGCCUGUCCCUGCCACACUGAUGAGAUCACUCAACGAGGGGUUGACCCAACUGGCGUAUACCCCUGCAUCCUGGGACACGAGUCUUGUGGAGAGGUGGAGUCCAUCGGAGAAGGGGUUAUCACCUGCAAGCCCGGCGACAAAGUCAUUCCCCUGUGGGAGGGUGUAAUGCCUCUAGACAACACGUCGCGCUUCACUACCAUGGAUGGAAAGCCAAUCCACCACUUCAUGGGCACAUCCAGCUUCUCGCAGUAUACAGUUGUGCCUCAAGAAUGUGUUGCUGUCAUCCCGGAUAACAGCCCGAUGAAUCUCAUGUGCUUGCUAGGAUGUGGAGUGCCAACUGGGAUGGGCGCCGCCAUGAACACAGGAAAGGUUGAAAAAGGAUCUACUGUUGCCGUCUAUGGACUCGGCUGCGUCGGCUUGGCCUGCGUAGAAGGCGCCAGCCUCUGUGGAGCAAAGGAAAUCAUUUGCGUUGAUAUUAACGAGCACAAGCUGGAGGUUGCAAAGAAAUUCGGAGGAACGAAAUUUAUCAAUCCUAAGAAAUUCGACAAGCCAAUCCAAGAAGUUAUAAUAGAUAUGACUGAUGGCGGGGUAGACUUCGCCUUCGAGUGCACCGGGAGCACUAACGUGAUGCGCAGCGCACUGGAAUCGACCUGCAAGGGAUGGGGUCUCGCAGUGAUCGUCGGAAUCGGAGAGGCAGGCAAAGAGAUCAGCACAAGGCCAUACCACUUCAUUGUGGGACGACAACUGAAGGGCUCCGUUUUCGGCGGCUGGAGGUCCAGAGAAGAUAUUCCAAAGCUCGCUCAGAAAGUCAUCAACGGAGAGAUUCGGCUGGAGAAGUACUGCACCCACAGCAUGCACUUUUCACAAAUAAAUGAGGCAUUUGACCUUCUCAAGAAGACAGAAUGCAUCCGCUGCGUCAUGAAUAUGCAAGAAGAGUAG